AUCUUCUGCUCACCAUCGAGUGACCAUCGAGAUUCACCGUGUGUAGUAAGUGGACACGGCAUUUAACAAGCCCAACGGCUCAAGUUUCAACAUCCAUUUCUUCUACUUCUAAAUAUUCUUCCCUACCUCUCCCUCCCAAAAUGGCACUACUACUACUUUCUCCUUCCAUUCUACCCACAACCAUCUUCACAUUAAUCUUCCACUUCCUCCUCCUCACUCACGCCACAAAAAACCCAGAUUUCCACCCAUUACUUGCAUUUAAAACAGUUGCCGACACAUCCAACAAACUCACCACAUGGAACAUCACCAAAGACCUAUGCACAUGGUACGGUGUUUCUUGUCUCAGAAACCGUGUCUCCCGCCUCGUCCUCGAAAACCUCGACCUCAACGGUUCCAUCCAACCUUUAACCUCUCUCACUCAGCUCCGUGUCCUUAGCCUUAAACGCAACCAUUUUAACGGUCCCAUUCCAAAUCUCUCCAACCUCACUUCAUUAAGACUUCUCUUCCUCUCUUACAACAACUUCUCCGGCGAGUUCCCCUCCACCUUAACUUCUCUAACCCGCCUCUACCGUCUUGAUCUCUCUCACAACAAACUCUCCGGCGAGUUCCCAGUGAAUGUCAACAAUUUGUCUCGCCUCCUCACUCUCCGCCUCAACGAAAACCAAAUCCAUGGACACAUUCCUAACAUAGACCUCUCUUACAUCCAAGACUUCAAUGUAUCAGGUAAUAGUCUCUCCGGUCGAAUACCCGAUUAUCUUGCUGGUUUUCCAGAUUCUUCCUUCACGCAAAACCCGUCUCUCUGCGGCACACCAUUGCAAAAAUGUAAAAACCUACCUGCCCUCGCUUCCUCGUUGGUUCCAUCUUCUUCAAGUUCAAUACCAGGAAACAAGACUCAUAGAAAUGGAGGUCCAAGAAUGGGGACUUUAGUCUUAAUCGCCAUCAUCCUUGGCGAUGUAUCUGUACUCGCCAUUGUUUCAUUGCUUCUCUACUGCUACUUCUGGCGCAACCACUCUAACAAGAUGAAGGAAAGAAAAGAAAGAGAGUCAAAUUCGAAGAGUUUAGAGGGUGAGAAUCAAAAGAUAGUUUAUGUUGGGCAACAAGGGUUGGAGAAAGGUAAUAAAAUGGUGUUUUUCGAAGGAGCUAAGAGGUUUGAGCUAGAAGAUUUGCUUCGUGCUUCAGCGGAAAUGUUGGGGAAGGGUACGCUUGGCACUGUCUAUAAAGCAGUUCUUGAUGAUGGAAGUGUUGUUGCUGUGAAGAGGUUGAAGGAGGUUCAUAGUGGAGGGAAGAAAGAGUUCGAGCAGCGAAUGGAAGUUAUUGGAAAGUUAAGACACACUAACAUUGUUAGCUUGAAGGCUUAUUAUUUUGCAAGGGAUGAAAAAUUGCUUGUCUUUGAUUACAUGGUUAAAGGUAGCUUGUUUUGGCUCCUUCAUGGUAACCGAGGACCCGGGCGAACCCCACUGGACUGGACCACAAGGAUAAAAAUAGCAGCUGGAGCGGCACAAGGGGUGGCAUUCAUUCACAACCAUAACAAUAAUAAUAAUCUAACCCACGGUAACAUCAAAUCCACCAACAUCCUCGUUGACGUGUCUGGAACCGCACACGUGGUUGAUUUUGGACUCUCCAUUUUCACCCUCCCAUCAACCAGAAGAUCCAACGGUUACCGUGCUCCAGAAGCAUUAGACGGUCGAAAACAGUCUCAGAAAUCAGACGUGUAUGCCUUCGGCGUUCUUUUAAUGGAGAUACUAACAGGGAAGUGUCCCUCCGCUGCGGACGGCGGAGCAGAGGUGGAGUUGCUAAAGUGGGUCCAGUCUGUGGUGAGGGAGGAAUGGACGGCUGAGGUUUUUGAUCUUGAGCUGAUGAGGUAUAAGGAUGCUGAGGAGGAGAUGGUGGCGUUGCUUCAGAUUGCUUUGACGUGUACUGCGGUUGCACCAGAUCAACGGCCCAAGAUGAGCCACGUGGUCAAGAAGAUUGAGGAGUUGCGUGGGGUCGGUGUGUCUCCGUGUCAUGACACGUUGGACUCUGUUUCUGAGUCACUUUCUGUGUCUGAAGAUGCAUGUGGUGGGGUACUCACUAAAUUUUAGCGGAUUCAACCAAAUUAUUAUUAGCUUGUCUUUUCUCUUACCUACAAAUUUGAGUCCCUUAUUUAUAUCUUUUGGUUUUAAUUUAAGGUUGCAGCUAUGGCUGUUAAUAUGCUACAAACCUACUAUAUAUUAUGAUGAAAUACUGACAAAUGUAGUUGUUGCCACCCACACUUUAAAAUUAUAGAGCUUUAGCCUUUAAAUUAAAUACUAUAGCAUCUCUUAAGGAUA